GCUGCUGCUGUUCCUCUUUCUCUGCCGGCGGGCCAGUCGCCUCCUCCUCCUCCUGCUGCUGCUGCUCCUUCUGCUGCUCCUGCUCCGCUGCCUCCUCCUUCGCCGGCCAUGGAGGACUACCACAAGCCCGACCAGCAGACCCUCCAGGCCCUCAAGGACGCCGCCAACCGGCUCCGCAUCAACUCCAUCAGGGCCACCACCGCCGCCGGCUCCGGCCACCCUACAUCAUGUUGCAGUGCGGCAGAAAUUAUGUCGGUGUUGUUUUUUCAUACCAUGAGAUACAAACCACAGGAUCCCAGAAAUCCCAACAAUGAUCGAUUUGUUCUUUCUAAGGGCCAUGCAGCACCCAUCCUGUAUGCUGUCUGGGCUGAGGCAGGUUUCAUCCAUGAAUCAGAACUGCUAAACCUGAGGAAAAUCGAUUCCAUUUUGGAAGGCCACCCUGUACCAAAACAAGCAUUCAGUGUGGCUACUGGAUCACUUGGCCAAGGACUUGGUGCUGCAUGUGGUAUGGCCUACACAUGGGAAUACUUUGACAGAGCCAGCUACCGCGUUUAUUGUGUCCUUGGAGAUGGAGAAUUAUCUGAAGGUUCAGUUUGGGAGGCAAUGGCAUUUGCUGGGUUCUACAAGUUGGAUAAUUUGGUUGCUAUUCUUGACAUUAACCGACUUGGACAAAGUGAACCUGCUCCACUACAGCAUCAUGUUGAAAUCUACCAAAAACGCUGUGAAGCCUUUGGCUGGCAUGCUAUCAUUGUUGAUGGACACAGUGUGGAAGAGCUAUGCAAAGCCUUCGGCCAGGCAAAGCACCAGCCAACAGCGAUUAUUGCUAAGACUUUUAAAGGCAAAGGAAUAACAGGUAUUGAGGAUAAGGAAAACUGGCAUGGCAAGCCUCUUCCCAAAAACAUGGCUGAACAGGUCAUCCAAGAGAUUGAUAACAAAAUCCAGAACAAGAAAAGGCUUUCUCCAGCCCUUCCGCAAGAGGAUGUCCCUAUUGUUAAUAUCAAAAACAUAAAGAUGCCAUCCCCACCGAACUACAAGAUGGGAGAGAAGUUUGCUACCCGCAAAGCUUAUGGAUUGGCUCUUGCAAAACUGGGCCAUGCCUGUGACCGUGUGGUUGCUCUGGAUGGGGAUACAAAAAAUUCUACUUUCUCUGAGCUCUUCAAAAAAGAGCACCCCAGCCGCUUCAUUGAGUGCUACAUUGCUGAACAAAACAUGGUGAGUGUUGCUGUUGGUUGUGCCACCCGUGACAGAAACAUUGUCUUUGCUAGCACCUUUGCCACAUUCUACACCAGGGCAUAUGAUCAGAUCCGUAUGGCAGCCAUUUCAGAGAGCAACAUCAAUCUCUGUGGAUCUCACUGUGGUGUGUCCAUUGGCGAAGAUGGGCCUUCGCAGAUGGGUCUGGAAGACUUGUGCAUGUUCCGUGCCAUUCCUAACUCAACCGUGUUUUACCCCAGUGAUGCUGUUGCCACUGAAAAGGCAGUAGAAUUGGCUGCAAAUACAAAGGGUAUCUGUUUCAUAAGGACCAGUCGUCCAGAAAAUACUGUGAUUUAUGGCAGCAAUGAGGACUUCCAUGUUGGACAAGCCAAGGUGGUAUUCAAGGGUAAGGAUGACCAGGUCACAGUUAUUGGAGCAGGAGUGACCCUGCAUGAGGCAUUGGCUGCAGCUGAACAAUUAAAGAAAGAAAAAAUGCCCAUCAGAGUGAUUGACCCAUUCACUAUCAAACCUCUGGAUAAGAAAACUAUACUUGAAAAUGCAAGAGCAACCAAAGGCAGAAUUAUCACUGUGGAAGACCAUUACUAUGAAGGUGGUAUUGGAGAAGCUGUCUCUGCUGCUGUGGUGGGAGAGCCAGGGAUCACAGUCACCCGCUUGGCUGUGUCCCACAUACCAAGAAGUGGAAAGCCAGCUGAGCUGCUUAGGAUGUUUGGCAUUGAUAAGGAAGGCAUCAUCCAGGCAGUGAAGAUUGCAGUGUCCAAAUCUAGAAAUGCAGAAUAGCUUGAAUCAUAUUCCUAUUGUGCUAUGAUGGAACAGUGUUUGAGGUUUAAAACAAACAAACAAAAUACUGUAACGUUCAAACAUGUGUUUCAAAUUAUAUGCAGAGAGUUUUAAUAAAAGAGCCGUCUAAUGAAAAUAAAAGCUUGGGGAAUAAAACAAU